AUGGCUCCUGGACUCUUCCAGCUCGGCAGCGGCCUCUACACUGGGCUCGCUAUCCUCCUACUACUCUCUUGGACACUGACAGCACUCGCUUUCACUGCUCUCAACGUACUGAACAGUAAAAGCACCUACCUCGAAAUCGUCGCAUCGAGCAGUCUCCUUACUUUCCUCGUCUGUCGUCUUCUCGUUGCCUCGAAUCCGUCGAUUCGCCAAGAUGAUACUAUUGCUCGGUUAAUUGCGUCCGCAGACUAUGGGUCGCGCCGGGGCGCUGUCGUUCUAUUUGGCCUGUGCUGCACAUGGCUAUACGAACUGCUUAACCAAGUGGUGCUGUUAUUUUUCAUGACCAUUUUUGGGAGUGUCAUGGCCACCGCGAUAUACAACGAUGCAUUCACGGACACCGGAGUUGAUAGCGAUGAGGGUACAACGGCUGUGUCAGUCGAGGUGAAAAAAUUCGAGGACAUGGCUGGGUUUGAUCCGACGGAGAUGUUCAAGUUGAUUCCGCCGCGACUGUUGGUUUAUGUUGUCGCACUGGUAUGGUUGAACUUUCUGAGCUUGGGGACUUAUGUGCUGGGUCAUGCAGCGAUGUCGUUGAAGAAGGUGUUGGGUUCAUCUGUAGCUGUCGGGAGGAGUGUUACGGCUGGUGAGAACGAGCCGGUAGGUGAAUAG